AGUAAAGUUGAUUCAAAGGUGCUUCCGCUGUCAUCAUCCGGGUCUCGCCAUAUAUCCCGCUACGCAUGCGCACUUAGUCACUGUGGUUCGACCUCUGCAGUCGAGAGACCCGGGCUUCAACCAAACGCGACCGAAUCGCUAGCAAAACUACCUUUAGUAGAAAAUGUACGCCUGUGCAAAGUUCAUUUCCUCGCCGGCUCUGGUCCGUGCUGGUUCCCGGGUUCUUUACAGACCCCUGUCUGCCUCUGUGCUGUCCAGGCCUGAUGUUAAAUCAGAGAUGUUUUUGUUCCAGAGCACUGUUGCUGGGAUGCCACAGAGCCCCCUCACUCAGGUCACAUUGAGGGGCUUCCAGACAAGCGCGGUGAGCCGGGACAUCGAUACUGCAGCCAAGUUUAUCGGCGCCGGAGCCGCCACAGUCGGUGUAGCUGGAUCCGGUGCUGGAAUCGGGACCGUGUUUGGGAGUCUGAUUAUUGGCUACGCUAGGAACCCAUCCUUGAAGCAGCAACUGUUCUCCUAUGCCAUCCUGGGAUUUGCCCUCUCUGAAGCCAUGGGACUGUUCUGUUUGAUGGUUGCUUUCCUGAUCCUGUUUGCUAUGUAAAACUCUGCUGUCCAACUUUCAUUACAAAUGUGACUACACUUUGUGGCUUCUCAAAUUUGUUCACUGUUGGUGUCAAUGAAAUGUACAUUUUCAAGUCGUUCUGACACUGUCAAAAUUUGAAGAAAAAAAACAUGUAUUGUACUAAUGUAAGAAAUUACACGAUUAAAAUACAUGUAUUUGACAA